ACUGCGGCGGCUCCGCGCGGCCCCGGUGGCGUCGCUUUAAAGGGGCCGCGCUCUCGGCAGCGCCGGCGGCGGCACCGGCCCCGAACCGGCCCCGGAGCGGCUCCGAACCGGCCCCGGAGCGGCGCCGAGCCCGGGCUGCCCCCGCGCCGCCCCCGCACACUCCGGCACCGGGGCGGACCGGGCGCUCCCGGCAGGUUCCGACCCGCCCUCGGCCCGGGAUGGUGCCAGCAUGAGGAGGUGCUGCCAGGGCGUGGGGCUGCCAUGCCUGUUUAAGGGCGUGGGCAUGUCCGGCCCUCAUCCCCCCCGCUUCCUGCUGGUGUUUGACUUCGACGAGACCAUCGUGGACGAGAACAGCGACGAUUCGGUGCUGCGGGGCCGGGCGCUGCCGGAGCCGCUGCGCCUCAGCCCCGGCGGCAGCUACAACGAGCACAUGCAGCGGGCGCUGGCCUUCCUGGGCGAGCAGGGCGUGCGCCCCGCCGAGCUCCGCGCCGUCUACGAGAACAUCCCGCUGUCCCCCGGCAUGGCCGAGCUCUUCCAGCUCCUCUCCAAGCACCAGGAGCUCUUCGAGCUGGUGCUCAUCUCCGACGCCAACACCUUCGGCAUCGAGGCCAAGCUGCGCGCCGCCGGCGCCCGCUCGCUCUUCCGCAAGGUCUUCAGCAACCCGGCCAGCUUCGACCGGCGCGGCGUGCUGACCCUGGGGCCCUACCACAGCCACAAGUGCCUGCAGUGCCCGGCCAACAUGUGCAAGAGGAAGAUCCUGGGCGAGUACCUGGCGGAGCGGGCGCGGGAGGACGUGGAGUUCCAGCGCGUCUUUUACGUGGGCGACGGUGCCAACGAUUUCUGCCCGGCCGGGACUCUGACGGCGGCGGACGUGGCGUUCCCCAGGAAGGGUUAUCCCAUGCACAGGUUGAUCCAGGAGAGCCAGGAGAAGCAGCCCGGGGCAUUCCAGGCCGCCGUGGUGCCCUGGGAGUCGGCGGUGGAGGUGGCGCGGUACCUGCAGGAGCUGCUGCGCAGGAAGUGCUGAGGGAGGCGGCGGCUCCGGCCCCGCUCCCGGCCCCGCUCCCGGGAUGUUCCUCGGCCUCUCCCGGCUCCGUUCCCGGCCACCGAAGCGCUUUCCGCAGGCCCCCGGCCCUGCCCGGCCACGGAGCCACGGCCACGGCCGCCCCCGCGCCCUUUGCCCGCCUGACGGGGAUUUCUGGUGGAGUUUUGCUUCCUUUCGCUUUGGACCUCGAAAGAGAAUUCCUAAAAAUCCAGCAGCCGGCUCCCCGCGGGCUGGGCACGUCCUUGCUCCUGCUGUCAUCCCGCUGGCCUGCCUGGCCCUGGGCUCCUGAUCCCACCGGGAAUUCUGGCUGGGAAAUCCCUGCUCCUGAUCCCACCGGGAAUUCUGGCUGGGAAAUCCCUGCUCCUGAUCCCACUGGGAAUUCCAGCUGGGAAAUCCCUGCUCCCACACCCCGCCCCAAGCCUUGCUCCGGGCUUUGCUGUCCCCGGGGUUCAUCCUCGGGACAAACGGAGCCGGGAGCACCGGGAGAGCUUUGGGAAGGGGCAGAGCCUCUCCUGAUCCUGCCCGGGCACAGGAGCCGCAGCCCCGGGGGAGCCGGGCCCGGCCUCGCCCCCGCCCCUCCCAGCCCUGCUCCUCCCCGAUGUCCCCGCGGUGUCCCGGCGGUGUCCCCGCGGUGUCCCCGCGGUGUCCCCUGGGCCCUUUCCUGGAUCGCGCCGGGCCCCUCCUACCCCAGGGAGGGUCGAUGCCCCCUGAGCUGGGCACCUGCCAGGUGCCACAAUCCCCUCGGGGGACACUCCUGGCACCGGGUCCCCAGAGGCCAAACCCCCCCCCCCCCGCGCCAUCCGUGUCCCCCUCCCCACCGCAGUGUUAAUUAAUUACCCCUUCUAAUUGCACUCUGCAGACCUCCAGCAGCCGCGGCUCUCUGGGGUUGGCUCCCCCUGGAUUUAUCCCGGGUUUAUCCCGGGUUUAUCCGCAGCCUUACCGGCCCCCGAGGGCGGCCCCGGCUCCCCCAAACCCUGGGAACCCCAAAACCCGGCAGGAAAUGAC